ACGAUAAAUGGAAUGAAUCUUCAAGAGCUGCUCUGGGCUGUAAGAAGAUUUGACUGUCUUUCUGCAAGCAAGUUCUGUGUUAAUGGAUCAUGUCUGGUAGCGGAAGCUAAAAGACUUGUCCAUCUUAGCAACUCAUCUUCUCAGCAGAGUUGGUGCUUGUACCUGAAGUAGAAGCCUGUGUCAAGCCCGCUGCAUAAGCACAUUCCUGUCCAUCUUCACCUGCAGCUGCUGAGUGUGCUGCCUUGCCCCUGGUCUAGCUACAAGUAUGACUUGACUGACUUGCAUUCAUGGCKCUUGGAUGAUCUGGUGAACCAUGGAGCUCAAAGUAUGGGUGGAUGGAGUCCAGAGGAUUGUCUGUGGGGUCACUGAAGUCACAACAUGCCAGGAGGUCGUUAUAGCUCUGGCUCAGGCUAUUGGUCGCACGGGCCGGUACACGCUCAUCGAGAAGUGGCGCGACACGGAGCGGCACCUGGCGCCGCACGAGAACCCCAUCGUGUCGCUCAACAAGUGGGGCCAGUACGCGAGCGACGUGCAGCUCAUCCUGCGGCGCACGGGGCCCUCGCUCAGCGAGAGGCCCACGUCGGACAGCGUGGCGCGCGGCCCCGAGAGGACGCUCUACCGGCAGAGCCUGCCGCCCCUCGCCAAGCUGCGGCCCCAGGCCGACAAAGCCAUAAAGCGGAGGGAGCCCAAGAGGAAAUCGCUGACGUUCACUGGCGGCGCCAAAGGGCUAAUGGACAUCUUUGGUAAGAGUAAAGAGGCCGAGUUCAAGCAAAAGGUGCUCAACAACUGCAAAACGACGGCAGACGAGCUGAAGAAGCUGAUCCACCUCCAAACGGAGAAGCUUCAGUGCAUUGAAAAGCAGCUGGAGUCCAAUGAUGCCGAGAUCCGCUACUGGGAGCAGAAGUACAACUCCAGCCUGGAGGAGGAGAUUCUCAAGCUGGAGCAGAAGAUUAAAAGGAACGAGGURGAGAUCGAAGAGGAGGAGUUCUGGGAAAACGAGCUGCAGAUCGAGCAGGAGAACGAGAAGCAGCUGAAGGAGCAGCUCCAGGAGAUGAGGCAGCGGAUCCUGGAGUGCGAAAGCAAGCUGAAGGAGUACUUGUCUCAGAUCCACAACAUGGAGAGCGGCCUGGAGGCAGAGAAGUUGCAACGGGAAGUUCAAGAACCCCAAGUGAAUGAAGAAGAGGUCAAAGAGAAGAUCGAGAAGGUGAAAGGCGAAAUUGAUGUUCAGGGCCAGCAAAGCCUGAGAUUGGAGAACGGCAUUAAAGCUGUAGAAAGGUCUCUGGGCCAAGCCACCAAACGGUUACAGGACAGGGAGCAGGAGCUGGAGCAGCUCACCAAGGAGCUGCGGCAAGUCAACCUGCAGCAGUUUAUCCAGCAAACAGGCACGAAGGUCACGGUGCUGCCCGCCGACCCCGUCGAGGUGGAGGCCCCGCACGCCGAGCUCCAGAGAGAUGCAACGUUUCAGUCUGGCUCACUGAAACGCCCCGGCUCCUCAAGGCAACUCCCCAGCAACCUUCGGAUCCUGCAGAAUCCCCUGUCGGCYGGUUUUAACCCGGAGGGCAUUUACGUAUGACAGUGCAUACCUCUCUGGAGAGCACCUAGGAAGGUACCCCGGACAAGAGACACUUUUUAUUCUACCAGUGAUGAGUGGAAGAAGCUUUUCUGUUAAGCCACCACACUUCAAUUUUUCUUCUUCCUCUGACACGCCACUUGGAGCCAUACCCUGUGCACUGAUGCUAAAGAACAGAGGACCCAUUUCAACUCCCACCUGGCAAAAAUGAACUUGCUGUCACAUGGCUAGAAUGCAAAAGCCUUCACUUAUUUUUGCCACUUUGGAAGCAUUUGGGAAAGUAUUAUUCAAUGUAUAGGCAUAAAUAAAAGACUAGAGCAGGGUGAAGGAAAUGGUGUAUGCAACUGAUCCGAGGUUUAAUUUAUUCCCUUUAAUCAAUGGACAUGUGAAUGUUGACCUUUUAUAUUUUUUAUUUUUAACUUGUGAAUAACCAUGUACUCUGGUACAUCGGUCUGACAAGGUGACUUCAUUUGUGUACAAACCUCCAGCAUUUGGUCAAGUAGAACAACUUGCAAUGCAGAGUGUUUUGUGGAGUGUGGAACCCUUUAAAUGUCUUAUUUUUUUCACCACUGAUUGUGUUGGUUUCUGUUGUGGCUCACCCUACGUCACGUCCCAUCCAUUGCUACCUUUUAAGGCCCGAAAAGUGAAUUUGUGGGGUUUACUUGCUGCUGAGUCUGCCUUGACUGAAGCACCUAGUGUUCAAAAGAUUUAUGGAAUUUAAACCUUGUCUUGAUAAGAAUAUUUCCAGCAUAUGAUUGAAGAUGCACUAGCUAGAUGAUAUUUUAUUAUAUAGAAUGUAUAUUUGAAAUAUUUUGCCACAUUGUAUAUGCCUUUUGAGAAAAAGAACAGUGUAAGAAGUUGUCUUCAUAAGUCUUACCAGAAGAGGCGAGGAGGCUUUCACUGUGUGUGAUUUCUGUACUUUAGUUUUUCCACUAGCCAGUACAGUGUUCUUGUUUUGCAGUAACUCGAGUCGGUGGAGGGGAGGAGAACAAAACAACUGCACAACCUCUUCCAGAAAUCCCUCGCGUUCUGUGGUGGAGAAGGGGCCUGGAAAGGCUCCUGGGAGGUCCACAGCAGAGCCGCUGCUGCCUUGAGCGGGGCCAGGAGCCCUCUGCAGGUCCCCAGGGCUCUGUGGUAAAACCGCCAGCCCCUUGGAAAGGUCUGUUGCUCUCGAGCGCCCUUCAGAACGUGAAUGUGCAGGGAGGAGCGGGAGGAGCUCCCCACGGUUCGUAGUGCACCUCACUUAUGCACCUCAUUUACCUUUUGCAACAGCACGUGGAGGGACUGCAUGAGAGUGGCCUCAUGCUAUUUAAUGCUAUCAAAACUAACCACGGGUUAGAGAGGGAAAAAAAAGAAAAAAUGGCAGGUGUAGAGAAAGAUGCUGGGAUUGAUUCAAACAGAUGUGAAGUUUGUAGAGUCAGGGGUGUGAGGAGCYGAGCCCCAGAGCUGGCCUGGGCGGGUAUGAGCUUUGCCCAGCCCUGCUUGGCUUUCCUCCUCCGGCAGCGAGUGUCCAGGCUGUGCCCUCCCCUAGGCCUGGGAGGCAGCCACGGAGCUGUCGGGACCCUGCUCAAUACCUGGGUCCUGAGAGCAGGAGCCCCUGCCUGCGGGCAGUGGUGGGCCGGUGCCAUGGCAGAACUCCCUUGGCUGUGGUAGGAUCGGGAUGUUGCCACCGGUCAGGAACCUCCAAGCUUUUCACCACAGAAAGUUCUUUAAAAUUCUUCACCCUUAGCAACCUCUUAUGUGGAUUUACUGAUCUGCAGUAAAUGUUAAAUAACAGCUGCGGGGGGUUUUGUUUGUUUGUUUCUUUACUUUUUUUUUUUUUAAGGAGCUUCCUCAUCCUCCUGACAUGUGGAAGUCUUACAAGAUAUAGCAGAAGAUGAAGGACUCUUAAGUGUUAAAUGCAUUUUUCCCUUUUCACUUCUUAAUGGCAUCAUAUAUUUCAAAAAUGCUGCUGUAUUUAGACUAACAGCAACAGAUCAGGCUGUGAAUAUAUAAAGGACCUUUUCAAAUGGCCUCUGGAUUUUUACUGUCCAACUUGUCAGGUCGGYCCUG